AUGGGCGUUACAUGCGGCGGCAGCCUCCGGGACACAUGGCCCCGUGCCUCCGACCGUUGCUCCCGCUUUGUCCCCUGCCUUUCUGAUCCGGCUCGAAGAUCUGCUUUGUCACUGAGAGCCACGUUGGUGGUGCUGCAUCUUGUUUUCGCCGGGGUCUUACUUUUGUUUGACAAUGAUUUGAUUGAGAAGACCAAACAGGAGCCAUGGUACGCUGCCGCAUACGUGUUCUUGUUCGUUGGUACACUGAUUCAAUAUUUUAUUACCUCUGGAACAUCUCCUGGCUUUGUACUCGAUGAACAGAAGGAUGUUGACGAUCGAGAUGCUUCAGCUAGAAGAUCAUUAUUGGCCUCAAAACAAUCAGCGUCAAGCAAAAGUAGCAGUGUUGUAAUCACUGUGGAUGGGAGGAACUCUCACAGAGGGAAUGCAACUGCUUGGACAAAGCUAGUAAUGGAUUUAUACCCUCCAGGGACAUCCACUAGAAAUUUGACAUGCCCUUACUGCAAUGUCCUUCAGCCUCCUCGUGCAAAACACUGUCAUGACUGCGAUAAGUGUGUUCUUCAAUUUGACCAUCAUUGUGUUUGGCUUGGAACUUGCAUAGGACAGGGCAACCAUUGCCGAUUUUGGUGGUACAUAUUUGAGGAAACAGCCUUGUGUCUGUGGACGAGCGUUCUGUAUGUUGGGUUCCUCAAAUCAAAUAUAUCUAAGGCAUGGUGGGUGGAUGUAAUAAUGAUCUUGCUCCUUGCUGCUUUGUCCAUAUCUCUAAUCUUUCUGCUACUUCUGCUCCUGUUCCAUAGCUACCUUGUUAUGACUAAUCAAACCACAUACGAACUUGUUAGGCGGCGACGGAUUGUGUAUUUGAGGGGCAUUCCCGAAAGAGUUUACCCAUUCAGUAAAGGAGUCUGCAGGAAUUUGUACGUGUUCUGUUGCGCCAGAAGCAGCGUGCAUAGGAUGGAACCAUUACCAUCGACCCAUGUGCUUCAGCAGAUGUCGAGGCCCUACACUUGCUCUGAUGUUCUAUCUUGCCGAUGCUGCUAA